AACCCGAUUUAAUUUGUCUCUCACCUGCCGUCGGUAUUUUAAGCCGCGCGGCCUCACAGAAAAGUGCUGGCCUGCGAGGGUAAGUACGUAAGGUCGCAGCAGUCCGCCGGCACCAGCACAAGCUCGGCCGACGGUAAACCGCGGCGCACCGGCUGAACACAGCCCUGCGGAGCAACAGUGCGGAGCGCACCGCCGCUGCGUACACCGAGCGCAGCCGACAGCGCUACGUAAAAGAUGGCCGCCUGGUCCGUCUCCGUCCAGAUCAGCAGCUUAAAACAUGUGCCGCCCGAUUUCUUGGACAAGCUAGGAACGAGAAGGGAGGACGUCUGCCUGCGCGUGCAAGGAGCGCUCGACGGCGCGAGCCGAGAAACUGGAGCAAGCAGGUGGGGCCGCGGCGCGCGCGCCGGCGAGGCCUUCUGGGCCGGCGACACGGGCUCCCUCGAGUGGCGUUUUGAUUCAGAAGAAGCAUUAAGAAGGGCGGAAAAGAAGACGCCCCUCCUCAAGUUGUAUGUCUACGCCACGAAGGGCGGUGCGAAUGUGGACCCCAGUCCGUCCAACUCAGCUGCUGUGGGUACGCUAAAUCUCGACGUCCGGACUCUGCGAAGAGGCGUGAGGACCUGGUCGAAGCUGCGAGGCGCCGCCGCGCCGGCGGAGAUUCUGGUCGAGGCCGCGGCGAAACGAAGUGCACCUAUCGUGGAGCGACCGGCCGAGCCGCCGGCCAAACAGUUAGGAAGAGGUUCUACGACGUUCGAAUUAUGCGUCUCGCUCGAAAAAGCUGGCGAUUUGAGAAAGUUAGUAGGACGGGAACUGGAAGAUGCUGCUACGUACUCACCAAGACCUCGAUACUGGUUCUCGUAUGAAUUACUAGGUGUCGUCGUCCAGACGGAACAGUUCUCCUCCGAGUCCCUAGACGCGCCGGGCUUCGCCGUCGAGUGCGACUGGUUCCGGCUGCGGUGUUCAGUGAAUGAACUUUCCCAGGAACUCGCCAAGCCGCUGGACGUGUUUCUUUGUACAGACGAUUUGGUGGUUGCUGCCGCAAGACUGUCCCUGGCGGACCUACUGCCGCGCCAGGCGUGGCCUGCUUCUCGUUCAGAUGAGGACUUCUUCUCGUCUGAUUUGCGCGUCCGACGGGACGUCGCGUCGAAGCGGCCGGCGCCGGCGCUGCACGGCGAACCUACACCGGGUUUUCUCGAGGUCUUCGCGGCUGUGCGGCGCGUCGGGCCGUCCGACGAGGAGGCGGCGCCCUACAAGGGGCCGCUGGGCCGCGAGGCGUCGCUAAGACCGGAAGUGCCGCUCGUCGAGCCUACGAUUGGCGAGAACGAGCCCUACGAGCCGCCGCCGCCGCCCGAGCCCUACGAGCCGGCCUCCGAGCCGUACACGUCGCCUCCAUCAACGCGCGAGGAGCUCAUGGCCGGCGGUACGACACAGCGUCCGUUCACGUCGCGUCGAUGGCGUCCGCGCCACGCCAUCGCUCACUCACACCGCGCGAUCGACGCGACGCGCCGAUGGCGCCACCGGAGACGCAUAACCAGAGCGUCACGCCGUCGCCGCGACACCGUAACAACGCAGGCGCGCCGAGCGCCGCCGAGCUCGAGCCGGCCUUUGCGGGAACACCAGAAGACGACGACGACGUCGGCUACGCCCCGGACUCGCCCGACAGUGGCGAGAAGUCGGCCAAGGGCGCCUGGCGGUUAGAAGUUAGUCUGUUAUUUGCCACGAGGUCGGACGGGAACACGGAUCCGGUGUCGUUGCGGUACGGCGCCCCGCAGCUCGGCCAAAGAACUAUAGCCGAGACGGCUUCUCUGGACUUUGCGGCUACCACCAGUGUAGCGGUGCGAGGCCGGGGCGCUGUGGCCCAUUUCGAGUUCGGCCCCGAGACGGACGUGAGGAAAUUGUUGCGGGAGGCACCCUUAGACGUUGAAGCGGUUGACUACAAAGGUAGAGUUGUCGCUGCUGGCAGAAUUGAUCUGGCGGCGGCGCUCGAUGGGGAUGCGUGCCGAGGCUUCUCGGAUAAAGCACCGAAGGCAUGGCGACGCUUGUCCGCGCAAAGACGCGAGGCCGAUAUCGAGUUACGAAGGUCCGGCGAUAGAAAACUCGUGCUGACCACUAGAGUUGUUGCUGGCCGUGCUGAUGAUGCGCGCUCGCCGUCCUCGGAAUCACCUUACUCCGAGGAGGACAGCCAGGGUUUUAGUAGCGAAGAGGAGCACGACGACCUUUCCGAAAGCGGCGUGCGCGGUGGGAACGUGGCUCCGGUACCAAGGAGGAGGCGGCGGGACCCGCCGCCACCGAGGCAAGGCCCUCAUCGGUCGCCGCCGAGAAGGUCACCACCGAAACCUUCUGGAGACGGGUGCCGCUACUGCGGCGCGCCCCAGCCUGGCUUAGCCGAACUCGCUCAACUCAAACGAGAUGCCCAGUCCCAACACGAGGAGGAACGGAGAGCGUGGGAGGACUGGAGAAGGGAAGAAGAGCGGGCCUGGGCGGCGCGAUUGCGGGAUAGGGAGCGGGAAGCGAUUCACCGCGUCGAGCAGGAGGCUGAAGCUCGCUGCAAGGUCGAGCGGGACGCGCUCGCCCAGUCCCGAGCUGAAUACUCUCGCCUAGAAACGAAGCUACGGGCGUCAUUGCGGGACUGCGACCAGCGCGAGCGGUCGUUGAACGACGCGGAAGCUCGGUUGGAGCGAGAUAGAGCCUCGAAGGUUCUGGACCUGCAGAUGCUCGAGAAACGACUCAGGGACGAGUCGAAGCAUAGUGUCGAGGCGGAGGUGCGCGCGAGGAAAGCCGUCGAGAAGUCGUUGUCUGCGGCGCGGGCCGCCCAAGAACGAGCGGAAAAAAGAGCGUCUGCUGCUGAUGCUGAUUUUGACCGCUGGCGCCAGGCGCACCGGCGGACGCCCGAGGCGGAGUUGGUUGCUCGAGUCGCCAAGUCCAAGGCCGAGGCUUCCGAUCUAAGGGCUCGCUUAGAAAGGGCGAAUGCGGAGACCUCGGACGCGCGAGCGGAGCGGGAGCGGUUGCGAGCUCAUGUGCAUCGGUUGGCUCGAGCGUUGCAGCGCGCCAGAGAUGAGAAUAGGGACGCUGCUAGACGCGAUCUGGAUGCCUUGAGACUAGAGUACAAGGGCCGGGAGGAGCGCUUCGUGCUAGAUGGUGAUCGGCAGCAACUCAAACAGAUCAAGGCCGAGCUCGACGCGCUGCGGCGCAACGCGUCGGAGCGGGAGGAUAGAGCGAAUGUAGCGCGGGACGCGGCUCGGAGCGUCGUCGAGGAGUUGAGUCCGCCGCGCCGAAGACGGGUCGAGCCGAGGGAUGGCCCGUCGCCUCGAGCGGUCUUCGACGAAGAUGCGCUCGAUGCCGUAAAUGGGACGGAGUACGAGGGCGGCGCGCCGAUGCCUGCUGUUGGUGAAGCGGAGGCGUUUGCGAGCGGCGGUCGCGUCGCGCACUCGCCGGUGGACGUCGAGGCGCAGCGUGCGAGGCUGCGGACGGAGCGCGAGUCAUUGCUGAGCGCGGGCUACCCGGCGGAGGACCCGCUCGUGCGCGAUUUGGACCGGCUCAUCGCGGCGGCCGAGUAGUUCGCUCCCCUUCCCCCCGAAGUAACGGCCUGGAAUUUCCACAAGGAAGACUGUUCGAUGGCGUAAGUGGGACGUUGACACCUGGCAGGGCGUCGAAUCUAUUGCGGCGGGCCACGUCAUCCCUG